AUGUUGGAGUCGCUGUUGGCCCUUGGUGGCCUGGUGCUGCUUCGGGAUUCCGUGGAGUGGGAGGGGCGUAGUCUCCUGAAGGCGCUUGUCAAGAAAUCGGCGUUGUGUGGGGAGCAAGUCCAUGUCCUGGGCUGUGAAGUGAGCGAAGAAGAGUUUCGUGAAGGUUUUGACUCCAGUAUCAACAGCCGACUGGUUUACCAUGAUCUCUUUAGAGACCCUCUCAGCUGGUCAAAACCAGGGAAAGCCCUUCCUGGCGGGCCCUUGGAAGCCUUGAGGGCCCUGGACAAGAGGACAAGUUCUGGCCCUGCCACCAUUGCUCUUGAUUCCCUCAGCUGGUUGCUGCAUCACCUUCCCUGCCCCACACUCUGCCAGACCCUGCAUGCGCUGAGCCGUCAGGACUCCUGCCCUGGUGAUAGCCCCCCAGGUGAGCAGGUGCGUGUGCUGGGCCUGCUGCAUGAAGAGCUUCAUGGCCCAGGCCCUUUGGGAGCAUUGAGCAGCCUUGCUCAGACCGAGGUGACCCUGAGCGGUACGAUGGGCCAGGCAUCGGCUCACAUCCUCUAUCGGAGGCCAAGACAGCGCCCCACCCACCAGACUCAGUGGUUCUCCAUCCUUCCUGACUUCAGCUUGGAGCUCCAAGUGGAGCCGCCACUGGAAUCCCAGCCCCGCUCAGAUCCUCAUACUCCCUCGGUGGACCCCACUACUCAUUUGACUUUUAACCUUCAUCUGUCCAAGAAGGAGAGAGAAGUCAAAGAUAGCCUGACUCUGCCCUUCCAGUUCAGCUCGGAAAAACAGCAGGCUCUACUGCGCCCUGGGCUGAGCCAGGCUACCAGCCACAUCUUCUAUGAGCCAGAUGCUUAUGAUGACCUGGAUCAAGAAGACCCAGAUGAUGACCUAGAUGUUUGA